UUCGUGUUGCUACAUCACCACCUUCUAUCGUUGUUCGGGAGCUGCAAAGUGGAAAGUCCCUGUCAAGGUAUCUCCAGCUCACCACUUCGGGAAUUAGGUUUGUCAUUUUAAGUGCGGGAUACCAACAAUUCCGCCAGCGCAGCGCCUCGGGGGGCACACGUCCAUGUGAACCCGUCUCAGCCGUCGCUUUAGCUGACGAGCAGCGUUAGGCGUUUUUACGAAUGCUAGCCAGUGUUAGCAGGCUAGCUCUUUGUGUUGCUAGCUGAUAGCUGAAGGAUGUUUUGUUUUUGUUGAGCUGAGCAGCCCUCCCGUCGUCUGGGAGAGGAGAUUUAUCAGCUGUGCAUGGGCAAAAAACCCACUCGGCUCUCUUCACGUCGCGCGUAUUCACUGAAAUAUCAGUGAAGGUGGCCCGUGAAACCCACUUUGUAGUGAAGCGACCCACAGAGAGGAGAGUUUGAAGAGGACUGAGAUGGGAAACUGUCUGAAAUCUCCGACCUCGGAUGAUAUUUCUUUGCUGCACGAAUCUCAGUCGGACCGGGCCAGCUACGGGGACCCCGACCAGGAGCCACCGCCCCCCUAUCAGGAGCAGAUCCGCGUGCCUGUGUACCACCCGACACCCAGCCAGGCCCGGCUUGCCACCCAGCUGACAGAAGAGGAGCAGGUCCGCAUCGCUCAGCGCAUUGGACUCAUCCAGCACCUCCCCAAAGGCGUGUAUGACCCGGGACGGGAUGGCUCUGAAAAGAAGAUCAGAGAGUGUGUGAUUUGCAUGAUGGACUUUGUAUACGGAGACCCCAUCCGGUUCCUGCCCUGCAUGCACAUCUACCACAUGGACUGUAUAGACGACUGGCUGAUGAGGUCCUUCACCUGCCCCUCCUGCAUGGAGCCUGUGGACGCCGCACUGCUCUCUUCCUAUGAGACCAACUGACACACACACACACACACACGCCCACAGACACACACAUGCCCACAGAUGCAGAGUGGACGCACACACAAAUGUACUCUCACAGACGGACAUGCACACACCCUCCAGCCUGUUCAGCAGAAACGCUCAAUAGACUGGCUUUGGUCAGAGUUGGUGAUGUAAGACGCUAAAUCAAAGCGAUGAGGUAAGGAGGCAUGAUGAAGACGGGUGUGUGGGUGUGUGCGUCUGCGCUCUUUGUUAGGCCUGCUGGACAGGAUUGCAUGUGUGGAAAGGAGUCAAGGGAUGAAUAGAAAGGGCAAGAAAGAAAGGACAAGCAGGAAGCUGUGGGAGGGAGGGAGAAAAAAAACAGCAAAUGUGUGAGGACAAGUUUCAAGGGCAGAAGUCAUCAGAAAUGGAAUGACUGUUAAUUCUUAUGAACAUUUUCAACAUCCGCUUUUAUACAUGCACACACACUCCCACACUUCCUUUAUUUACUCACUGAGGUGGAUUCAUCGUCAGGCUGCAUAUUGUGUUUCUUGGACCACUCAAGCCUGAUUACUGGAAGUCCACAGAGCAAGAAAAGGGGUGGGAGGCAUGAGGAAUGCCUCUCCUGGUAUCCUAGGAUGCUCCAGACAUUUUGAUCUGCCUGCUACAUACUCCUAUCUGCUGCAAAGACUGCCAGAGACGCAGAUCUCUGAUUUAAAGACAGCUAAAGAGACAGCCGUCAGAGCUCUGCCUCGAACAAGCAGAUGUCUUCUGCAGACGUUAUGAUAGGCCUCCUCUUGUCUUCUACACACAGGCUACAAGCUGUCUGUCUGUAUAGAUCUUGUGUGAGAAAUAUAAGAUUGAUUGGUUGAUUUCACUGUCCUGUGGCUUUGUGAAGUCUGUUUUGUAUUUGUUUUGUGAGUCGUCAUAAGGGCUCUGUCAAACCAAUAUUUACCAACAACACAGUAAAAAAAAAAAAAUAAAUAAAAUAAAAAAACAGCAGACCUUUCAAAAGGAAGUGCGUGCUUUAGUCACUAAU